AAGAGAGGCGUCGCUGGCCUUCUCUCCCUACGUGUAGAUUUGGGUUUGGAUCUAACGCGGUAAAGUUUAGCGCCACGAAGCGACCGCUCCAUGAGCUCCACGGCUCCAGCGAACUUUCUUUACAGCAAAGCAGAAAUUGUUGCUCCCAGCUUAACACCCAAACCCACCUACAACGAUCCAAAAUCUACGUGACUCUCACUGAAAAUCAUCUUCGCGCUGUAAGAUACAAGCCCGCCGGUCUUUGUCAACCAGAAACACACUAUUGAAGACCUCAAUUCUCGCGUUUUCGAAUCGCGAAUCGAAUCCUCGGACCCUAGGAUCGAGAAUUUGCUCCAUACAAUCAAUCUUGCUAGCGAUCAAUUCUAGCCAUGCCUUCCCAUCUACCAUCAAGCUUUGCAUCUGCAGCUGCAGGAUCCAGCCGUGAUACUCGAAAUGGAAGAGGUGACGGUCGAGGGAGCGGGGAUUGGAGUCGAAGAGAACAGAGACCUGCUAAUGGUACCUUGACCCUACGACGCAACUCCCAAGCCCCCUUUACUCAACCAACCCAAGAUGCUCCACCUCAAACACCUGGCGCAGAAACACCUGGCUUGUCGCAACAAUCAAACCCUUAUGACUCAACUCCAUCAGGUGGUCGGUAUUCGAAGCAGGAUAUACUCGAUAUUGCUGCCGCGCGGAAGGAAGUUGGACAGAAUAAAGAUGUCUCAGCCCUCUUCAUGGGAGGCUGGGACCCGGAGAACUCCAGCAAUACCAACGGUCGCAGCGGAUGGGGCAAAACCGGUGAUGGCAGAGAUAAUUAUGGACCGGAAGUGUGCUGGAACCGAAAUGGAGAUUCUCAUCCAAUUGCCUUUGAGGAAAUGUCGGACGCAGAAAAGACUCUUUUUUCUACCGAUGUCAACUCGCCCUUGAAACCUCCACCACAGAACUCUAACAAGGAUCAGAAUGCGCAGGGCACUGGUACCAAUGGUCGCAAGACAUCUGUCUCUCACGGACAAAACUCUGGACCAUUUGGACUCUCCUCACCAGCAUCGAGCCGACCAAGUACGAGACGACAAUUGACCACUGAUGGUGCCUUGCAAUCACCCUCUGGAUCGGGUCGCUUUUCUAGAGAUGAACCCUCUCCAUUUUUUAGUCGUAAAUUCAAUGACACAAAGGAUGGACAAGAUGAUCGCACCGAGGAUUCAAAGCCUGGCUUGCCUUUUGGAGGCUUGAUGCGAAGCAACACAGCUGGCAGUGCACUUGGGAAUGGACCUGCAUCUCCUUGGGGCCCUUCCUCGGCAAAUGUUGCAAUGUCUCCAAUGGGUAACUUUGGGAGCUUUGCACUGGGAGGCUCUGCGGCCAAUCCCCCAACUCCACUGGAUAAACGACCAGCGUUGGGACGAGGAGAAAGUCGCCUAGCACACUUGAUGCCCAAGGAAAGUGCCGAGGAUCUUUCGAAAACUGCAGACAGGCCAUGGAGGACCAGACAGCGGACCGACACAGACCCCUUUGGAGAUGACGCCCCAACUGGAAGUGCUGCCUUGGGUGGCGGUCAAGAUUCGAGCCCACCAUUCAAUCCCCAGCAGCGAGCUCCUGGCGUAGACACUCCAGUUCGAGGAAACUCGAGUGAUUUCGGAAUGUCUGAAAUGCCAAGUUUUGCUCAGCGUGGCCAAGCACACCAAACGCCAGCUCGCCACAACGAGCAUGAGCCCAUGAGCCCAUCCGACACCAACCCUUACCGUAGUCCUCCGGAUGAGAAGCACCAUGCGGAUGAUUCGAGCUUCGAUGGCGAGCCUGCUCAUCAUAGUCGUGUUCAAGGCCUUGGCGGUAUCCCGGAGCACGCCCCGAACACGUACGGAGGAUUACCUCGAGCAUUCACAAACACGUUUGAGGGAAGCGAUCGGAGUCAAAAUUCUAGUGCUGGUGCUACGAGAGGAUUUCCACCUCUUUCUGGACUUCCAAGUGGCUUUGGAGGGUUAGGAGGAUGGCCAACGAGUGGCAAUCCCCUUUCCACCCCAGACCGUGAACGACAAGCAUUUGCAUCAAAUGCAUUCGGUAGCUCUGUAUUUGGCCCAAUGGGAGAGCUUCAGUCCCCAAGUGUCGGAAUGAACAGCAUGUUUGGCCCAUCUGGUAACGUUAGCGGGACCAAUACCAUUGGGCGUGGAAGCAGCAAGCUUGGGUCUUUGUUCCCCGCAGCCAUGCAAGCUCAGAUGCAGAAUGCGGACAGCGAGCAGCAUUCUGGUGACGGAGGCGACAUGCGCCAAAGCAGUGCAUUUGGAGCAAUUGGCAGAAACACGUUUCCUCCAAGAGAUACAGACAGUCCAAUGCGCACUGUGAGACAUCCUUUCGAAGAUCUGUUUCCGUCCAGCGAUGCCGCCAGAAACCAAGGACCAUUCUCAUCUGCCGAGACCGCCCCGGGCCAAACGGCUACAUCGUUCUCACAAGCCCCUUCUGCUCAAGCCAACUAUGUACAGUCCCAAGCAUCAUCUGACUCUGCUUCCAAUCAACUUCCUGCAUCGCAGCAGCGCAUGAUGGUAAUGCCAGACAGAAUGAGAUGGGUGUAUCUUGAUCCUCAAGGCAAAGUACAAGGUCCUUGGUCAGGUUUGGAGAUGCAUGACUGGUACAAGGCGUCGUUCUUUACUGCAGACCUCUCUGUGAAGAAGGUUGAGGAUACAGAUUUUGAGCCACUUGGUCAGUUGAUCAGACGUAUUGGAAAUUCCCGCGAACCUUUCCUCGUCCCUCAGAUUGGCAUUCCUCACGGCCCACCAACUUCACAAGGCGCUGCAUUUGCUCCUGCCGCAGCUGGUCCUGGAAAUGCUGCUCAACCUGGGGCGGUUCAACCGCCAUUUGCAAAUUCGUUCCCAAGCUUUGGUACGACAUUGACAGCAGAGCAACAGAAUAAUUUGGAGCGACGCAAGCAGGAGGAACAAUUCUUGAUGGCUCGUCAAAAAGAGUUCUUAGCUCAACAGCAGGUCAAUGCCAAGCAGAUGCAAAUGGGUGGAAUUGGCGGACUUCAUCACCAAACCAGCGCUCAUAGCCUUCAGAGUCAGCCUAGCUUUGGAAGCAUGAACUCUCCUAUUGGCAUGCCACAACCUCCAAUGCCGAAUGUCACUGGAUUCUACGAUGGGCCCCCAAGACAGUUUCCUGCCCCACCAACAGAGGGCAUUGCAUCCAGCUUUUUUCGUGAGGAAGAACUCGCACGUUUGUCACUCCGGGACCGCCAGCAGCUUUUCAAUCCCGCUGUACCUGGCCCACAGCAAUCGACCCAUGCCCAACAGAUAGCAUCACUCUUUGGCCCAAACUCCGAGGCUCAGCGUCAGGCCGCUAGAAUGGAACAAGAUGACCCUUCUGGUUUCAAUGCUCGUCUUCAAGAGUUCCAACAGUUGAGAGCUCAACACGAGUUGGAGGAAGCAAAUCAAGCUCAUGGCAUCUCGGAGCCGAUCGCCCCACCUCAACAUCAAGAGCAGGAGCCAGCUUAUCACAAUGAUGUCGAGCCUGAGCCAGAAGUCCCUGAAACUAAGGAGCAACCAUUGUCUCUGACGGAGCAAGUUCAGAAGGCAAAGUCGGCCAAGCAAUCACCUGUCGCUCCUGCUCAGCCAGAGUCACCAUGGGGUAAAGUUACAACCACAGGUUUCCCAAUGCCAUUCCCUCCACCACCUCAGUCCACAACUCCGUUGCCGGCUCCUACCGCGCAGCGUGGUCGCUCUACCCUCCCUGAUGCAUUAAAUGUCGAAGUCAGAUCGCGUUCUGAGACCCCUGAAGUCCCUAGCGCCACACCUUCUCUCGCACCAUGGGCCAAAGAGCCAUCGGAGGCAGCCAGAGGUCCAUCUCUGAAAGAGAUUCAAGAAGCAGAAGCAAAGAAAGCCGCCAAGGCCGAAGAAAUUGCUGCAGCUCAGCGCCGCGCAAACUAUGAGCAGGAGUUGAAGAUGCUUACCAGUGUUGCCACUGCCCCCGCUCCAGGACUACCGACAACUUCUACCUGGGGCAACACUGGUUCGCCUGCUACCCCUACUAAUGCUCCAUCUGCAUGGGCAAAGCCUGCUGCCUCUAAGGUUCAAGUUUCGACUGCCUCCGCUGCAUCUAAGAAGACUUUGGCAGAUAUUCAGAGGGAAGAAGAAUCGCGGAAGCAGAAAGCUGCUGCUGCAGUUCUCGCAGCUCAACCUGCUGUAUCUGCCGGGAAGCGCUAUGCCGAUCUUGCAAGUAAAGCCAGCCCGCCUGUACCUCUCGCUGGCUCACCUUGGUCCACUGUUGGGGCCGGCGGUAAAGUUCGAAUCCCAACCGGACCUGCUGCAUCUUCUCCUCAACCAACGCGUGCUGUGAGCAGUGCAACUGUUCCUACGGUUUCUGCACCCCGUGUCACAAGACCAGCAGCCACUGUACGUAGCGCAACUGAAUCAGCUGGCUCUAAUGCAGCUAAGGAGGAGUUUGUCAAGUGGGCGAAGGCUACUCUGGCGAACGGUCUAAACUCAGACAUCAAUGUUGAUGAAUUUAUCGUGACCCUUAUGGCACUCCCAGCCGAGGCUGGCAUUAUCGCCGACAGUAUCUACGCCAGCUCCAAGCUGAUGAAUGGAAAUGAUUUUGCUGUUGAAUUUCUUCGACGCCGUGGCCUUUCAGAGAAAGGAAUUGUUGAGCCUGCCAACAACGGAUCUGGCCUCUCUGGUGAUAAGUCAGGUGGAUGGAACGAGGUCGCAAAGAAGGGACCACCCAAAGAGGAACCAACUGCAGGUUUCAAGGUCGUCCCCAACAAGAAGAAGGGGCGUAAGUGAACAGCUGUACGAUUAAUGUAUGAAUACACGUGUACACGUUUUAGCAUAGCCAGGAUUGUCGAGCACGAUGGUUUUUGUGCAUCAUUCGGUGCAUAUCAGCGAGCGUAGUAUAGUGGCUGUACUCGUCGGGUAUUGCGAGGUUUAUAUGUUUUGAUAGCUGCAUAAUUUAUGUACUGAUAUGUGCUGAUAUUAGUUUCCGUGAGUGAAGUAACGAAUGAUAGAGGUGAAUGAAGCAGCUUUCCAAAGCAGUCUGAUG